UAAUUGAGCAUAUAAAAGAUCAACAAACAACAGCUACAAAACGGAGCGAGUGUGGAGUAACAAAACUCACCAUCGUCGAGAUUGAGUUCCGGUAGGUGGAAGCACCGAUUUAUUUAUACGCCAAUCAGAAUGGAAGAAGCCCUAGCGCAAUUGGAACAAGUCCAAACCCAGCUCCUUCAACGCAUUUCAUACCUAGAACAACACUCUCAUCUUCAAACUAAUUCCCCUGUAAUCAACAACCCUCACACUCACAUUGACUCCGACACAGUGUCUCGCCUCUCUUCAAUUUCUUCCGAUUACUACGAUUGCCCUCUUGAAUCCCGUCGCGAUGCUCUUCACGCUGCUUCCAUUAACCAUCUCUGCAAAAGCAUUGUUUUGGUUAACACACAAGCCCCCUCCACCGUUGUUGAUUGUUCUGAUCGCAAUAAUUCAAAGUACUACGUUGUCGUUGUUCAGUAUACUGCUCGGUUCAAUGCUGAGGCUGUGAAAAACUUUCUUUACUCGCUCAACAAUGGAACUAUAGCCAAAAAGAAAUUCAACUUGAGGCUGGCUCCUGAGGAAAUAUCAGCAGAGUUAACUGGAUAUGGGCACAAUGCAGUAACUUGUAUUGGCAUGAAAACAGACAUUCCGGUGAUUUUGGAUGAAGCUAUUGUAAAACUAACUCCAGAUUUCUUUUGGUUGGGUGGUGGUGAGGUUGAUCUGAAGCUAGGGAUACGGACAUCGGAAUUAAUUAAAUUUAUCAACCCAUUCAUCGUCAGCUGUAGCAGUAGUUGAUUUUGUUUAUUAGAGUAGAGGUCAAGAUAAAUCAAGUUUACAUGGAUAGGUACCAUUUUCAGCUUUCCAUUAUUGAGUUUUAUACGAUUUGAAUUGUUGUCCACUGAGGAAGCUAUUUAUUUUUCAUAGCCAAUUUUGUGCUCUGCUGAAGAGAUUAUCCUUCAUGUUUCAGAGAUUUGAGUGCAGCCAGCAUCAUGGCUUCAUAUUUUAUAUUUGGUGAAAGUUAAUAACAUCAUCAGGAAAAAAAAAUGGCACCUAAUAAGGGGGCAAGUUUACUCUUU